AUGAGAAAGAACCUGUUUGCCUGGAACGCAUCUACCUUCGGGGAAAACAUCACCACACCAGUGACGAGGUUCUCGUUUGGACGACGACACCCUGACGGAUGCUCUAUGCAGAUAAGGCUAUCAAACCCGGUCUUGUUUGAGUCUAUUGAACAACAAAGACGUCAGAAACGUGACCUUCGUGAACGUAGCUUUGUUGGAACACAUUUAGCACUGGGUGACAUCAGCGUUGAGCAGAACGGCAACGUGACGAUGGCUCUCCAUGCGUUUGACGUACCAGCUGAUACCGCUGUCGUCGUGAUGCAGUUGUCUUGGUGGGAUCACGCCGCUGCCUUCCGUGUGUUCUUCCGGUACGACACGCCUCCAACAGAGGAGCUGCAUGACGACGUGGUGAUAGUUCAGGAAGAAUACAUUUUUCUGGCUUGGCAUCGAGGCACAAACAGCACGCGCGCAUUUACUCCUAAUAUCCAGAGACGGCGGGGAAGACUUUUUGUUGGGAUACAGAAAACAGAAUCCCGCAUCCUUCGGCAAACUGCACCUUUCCCCAAAGAUUACGUACUUCAGGCAACAACAGUGACCUGUCUCAGCUGGGAUGACACACUGGAGAAAUGGCAAGACGCCGACUGUGUGGUCCAUGUGGAUAUAUCAGAUAGUACCUUCACGUGUAACUGCAAUGUUCCUACACUGAAGGCAGUCAUUGGUGGCUCCGUGCACUUCCUUCCAAAUUCCAUUGAUCUAGACAACUUCUUCAAAGAUCGCGACAUCCUUAAUGAGAACAGACUUGUGUUCUGUACGGUUGUCACUGAGUGGGCUCUGUACUUCGUGUUGAUGAUCAUACUCAACGUAGACUUUCAGCGUCUUCGAACAAAAGUAAGACCAGCAACUCCUGGCAGUACGAAACCAUUACCACUGCUGUCCGUCCUCCCUCCGGACAGGAUGCCAGCCCCAUAUCUGUACCAAAUCACCGUCACCACCGGCUCCAUGUUUGGCGCUGGAACCUCGGCCCGAAUCGGGUUUCAACUAUUCGGAUCAAAGAACAAAACCGCAGUCAAGAUGCUGAACCCAGGUGGAGAAUCUUUGUUACGAGGUGGUAUUCAUGACGUCAUCAUGCCCCUGAAGACGUCACUAGGACAUCUGGAGUUGCUGCACAUCUGGCACGACAACACCGGUGUGGAUGAAGCUUCGUGGUUUCUAAGGGAUAUCAUUGUGAAGGAUCUGCAAACAGAGGACGUUUACCAGUUUAUCUGUUAUGACUGGCUGUCUGGAGACCGAGGCGACUUCCAGGUUCAGAAAGUUCUACACGUGGCGACCCGGGAACAGUUGGACUGCUUCAGUAGUCAGUUUCGUGAGAACACGGACGCCAUGUUCUACGACCAGCACCUGUGGACAUCUCCCUUUGUGUCACCUGAAGGAUCCAGCUUCACGAAGUCAGAACGCCUGUCCUAUUGCUGUGCUGUCUUCAGCAGUAUGAUGUUGUCCAACGCCAUGUGGUACAAGAGUGACGAGGGCUUCGUGACCAAGAACACCGUGUAUGAUCUGGGGUUUGUACAGAUCACCCUACAGGAGCUGUAUGUCAGUCUCAUGACUGUCGUCAUUGUGUUGCCGGUUGCCUUGGUGCCGGCUAAACUGUUCCGGAUGGAGAGAGCAAUCUCAAUAACGGUUCCGGGAAUUCGUCGUAGCUCCAGCUGUGAGCGACUUUCCCGUUGGUCAAAGACCAUGGCUUGGUUACUAGUGACGUUAGUUUCCAUCGUCUCGUCGUUCUUUGUGAUCCUGUACAGUCUGGACUGGGGUAGAGAGAAGAGUGAAGCCUGGCUAAAGGCCUUCUUCUUCUCAUUUGUAUUGUCCAGCCUGGUCGCCGAGACCAGCCAGAUAUUGCUCCUGGCGACCGUUUUUGCCAUGAUUUGUAACCAGAGGUCCACGGACAAGCAGAAGACGUACAAUAUCAAUAGAGAGGAACUCCACCUGGGCCUCUGGGGCAAGCAAGCUCCAAAGAAGGUGUAUCCACCGAGCGCUGCAUCUGCAGAAAGGAUGAAAAUAAAGAAUGAACAACGUCGGAAGUUCUUCCGCGUGUUCAAGGAUUACACCCUCCUGUUCCUGUUUGUCGUGGUUCUGUUCAUCAUCAGCCAUCACAACAAAGACCCGUUUGCUUUCCACGCAUCGGAAACGUUGUCCGGCACGGUUCUAAAAGAUCACGAUUCGAUCACCACUGCUGACGAGUUCUGGACCUGGGCUGAUGAGACCCUUCUGCCUGUUUUGUACCCUUCCGUAUGGUACAAUGGGUGGAAGAUGAAGUAUCUCGACCGACAGUUUCCACUUUAUACUGAAGCGUUCAGAAUCGGUCCGCCACUCCUCACUCAAGUCAGGGAGAAACCAGAUGCCAUGGUAACAGACCGCUCUAAAAACGGAUGGAUGGUUAGAACUAGAAAUGGUUCAUCAUCAUGUUGGCUGUUCAAUGUCACGGGCAUUGUGGCACGCGAUUCAGACUGCGCCUCAAAAUACUCCAUGGAACUCCCGGACCUCCUAGGUUUCGCGAAAGCAGUAUUCUCCGACCUUCAGAGAAACGACUGGAUCGACAAGUACACAGACUAUCUGGUUCUGGAACUGUCUCUGUACUACCCGGCCCAAAAACUCGUCAGCAGUCUGAAACUGACCAUACAUCAGGAAGAUAUCGGCCAUCUUUCUACAUCAGCAACCGUGGAAACAUACAGACUGUUUCAGUACGAAAAUGCCUCUGACGAUAUCGUCACUUUGAUCUCGUAUAUAAUUUUCUUGGUUUUGUUUGUGGCUAAUCUCGUCAAAGAAGUGUUCACCAUGAAGAGGGAGGGGAGGGAUUUCUUCAGAAAAAUGUGGAACAGCUUAGCUCUAGCGAGCAUAAUUGGAUCUGCAGCUGCCAUAUGUAUCUUUGGAAUAAGGUACCGCUCUGCAUCUGCAGCACUAAGCACAUUGGUCGAGGCAACAGGUGAACUUGGAAUAGAUCAUUUUGUCGACUUAAGUCCAACGUUCUGGUGGGAUGAAGCCUUCAAGACCGUGUUGGCCAUGGUAGUGUUCAUCUCUACACUGUCGCUACUCCGAGUCGUCCGCUUCAGCAAGACCGUCGCCAGUUUCAUCGCCCUGCCCGGUGUCAUGAAGAACGACUUAAUCGGAUUCUCAAUCAUCAGCGCUUUAGCCUUCAUGGCGUUCAGCACUUCAGGUAAGAAAAUCGAGCUGAACGCAACAUUGCAACUGAUUGAAGACUCUUUACAUGAAACCUUGGACGUCACAAGAUCACUUUGGCCAUACGACACAACAGACAAGCCUUCAUCAUCACUUUGGCCAUACGACACAACAGACAAGCCUUCAUCUGAUGUCAAAGAGCAAAUUGAAAGUCUCCUAGAGACUCAGAAAGAAGCCACGGUCAGAUAUGUAGAAGCACAGAACGAGAACAAACGUCGAGUUGAAGCCACACUGAAGAGGAGACUGGCUGAGAGGAGGAAAAACACAGCUACAUAUGGAACCCUAGAGGAGAAGCAAACCAUGGAGCAGAGAGCUCAGGAGAUAAUAGAACAACAUGCUGCCGACAAGAAACGACUGGAACACCAACAGAUGAUGAACAGGCGUCUGAUCCAGACCAAACUUCGUCAGAAGAUGGCAGCGCGCCACAUGUAUAAAAAGGAUGUAAAAUAA